AUGGGCAACGACCAACCCGGGCAAGGGAUGAUCUGCGCCGAGGUUCCACUGCCACCCGAUCGGUGCCAACGUAUCAGCGUCGUGGAAUCUGGAAUCCACGCCACGGCGACGCCCAGGCCCACAUGUCGGUCUCCAUCACCAUACGCCGCCACCACCACCUCCCUCGGCGCCAUCUCGCCGUCCCCGUCCCCGUCCCCGCUGCCCACCCCCGUGGAGUCGUUCGGCUUCGACGCGCUCAAGGAGACCUUCAACGUGGACGUGGACGUCCCGCUCGCCGCGCCCUUCACCAUCGCGUCCUCGCGCCUCGUCGCGGUGAACAACGUCGCCGUGCGCGUGGAGCUCCGCAGCGGCGCCGUCGGGUGGGGGGAGGCGCCCGUGCUGCCCUCCGUCACCGCCGAGGACCAGCCCGCGGCGCUCCACGCCGCCGGACGGGCGUGCGCCGCGCUCGCGGGCGCCCCCGCGGCGCUCCUCGGCGCGCUGCUCCAGGACGUCGCCAGUGUGCUCCCGGGACACGCCUUCGCCUCGGCCAGAGCAGGAGUGGAGAUGGCGCUGAUUGAUGCUGUUGCUAAUAGCAUUCGCAUACCCCUAUGGAGAUUAUUCGGAGGAGCAUCAGAUAGUGUGACAACUGACAUCACGAUUCCAAUUGUGACCCCAAAUGAAGCUGCUCAAUUGGCUGCAAAAUAUCGUGGACAAGGGUUUCAAACUCUCAAGCUCAAGAAAAUAAUAAAUGGGAAUCUUGCCCAUGUUAUUAACAUCAAGCUCACAAAGUUGGGGGUUCUUGGGGCCCUUGAAAUAAUUGAUGCUGCAAGAAAAGCCAAUAUUGCUCUGAUGAUUGGUGGCAUGGUUGAGACUAGGAUUGCUUUGGGCUUUGCUGGUCAUUUAGCUGCUGGGCUUGGAUGCUUUAGUUUCGUUGACCUGGACACACCUGUUUUACUCUCUGAAGAUCCUGUGUAUGGUGGCUAUGAAGCUUUUGGACCUGUGUACAAGUUUACAAACGCCAUUGGCCAUGGCGGUUUCCUUCACCACUUCGACAGUGAUGCCUCGCUUCAUCGAAGCAUUGCAGUGCAUUCCAACAAUGCAUUGUUCCACUGGGCAACCAUCGCAUAA